UCCAGUGUUAGAUAACACCAUUAGCCCCAAGUAGAGGCAAACAAUAAUAAAUAAUAAUAUUAUUAAACAAUAAUGCCAAUUAAAGCUAAACUAACCAAACAUUUGUUUCCAGAGAUAUAAUUAAUUCUCCCGAAAUUGCAGUAUCUUAAAGUAAAUAUUAGCCGGCAACAAUCUUAAAUCCAGCCAUAAUGCAGCGCGAGGAAAAGCACUUUGAGAUGACGCUGGACGCCGUCUUGCAGCGUCUGAACGAUUUGAAAAUGGCCGUUUUCUCGAUGAUCCAGAAACUGGAGAUGGAAUACGAGACCAUCAAUUGGCCAACAUUCUUGGAUAAUUUCGCCAUCAUUUCAAGCCAUUUGACGGGUUUAACGAAGAUUCUGGCCAAAGAGCAGUGUCCACCGCUGCGGAAUCGCACUGUUCUGCCCCUCCUGGUGUCCAUGGAGCGGGACGAUGCCCUGAUAAACAUCACCGAGGGCCGCGUUCCGGUUUUCUCGCAUGACAUUGUGCCCGACUAUCUGCGCACCCGGCCCGAUCCCAUAACCGAGCAAAAGAUGCAACAGAAUGAACAAAAGGCGGCCAAUCUCACCAACGAUGCGGCUAUGAAACAAGUCACCCAAUACAACAAAGUGGUUUCCCAUGUCCUCGAUAUGGUGACCAAAGCACGCGAGGAAUGGGAAAUUGAAUCAUCAUCCCGCACUGGCAUACAACAGACGAGUAGCAUGACCGAUACCCAACUUCUGGUGGCCGCUGUCGGCAUGGGCAAGGGUCUGAAGAUGACUAAUUAUGGUCCCAUGAUGGUACCACCAUCCAUACGAGCUCCCUCGCCCAUGGGUGGAGCCGGAGCUGGCGGUAUGAGUCCCGGCAAUGUCCAACAACUUGGCAAGGCACCAUCCGCCGUCAAGACCAACAUUAAAUCGGCCAAUCAAGUGCAUCCCUUUUCAAGAUAAACACACGCACAAUUUGUCUAUAGAUCAAUAUAGAUAUAUAUAUAUAUAUGUGUAAUAUCGGAAUGUCGUCGUCGAGUCGUAUAAUAAAUAUGUCCUAUUACUAA